UUUUAUACCUGCGAGACACAGAAGCACACACUAUUUAACUCCCAUAUGCUCUCACAAACAGGGGCUCUUCCCCCAAUGCAUUCUUGUCCCAAGAGCUGACACUUUGUCAGAUACCUAGGGAGGCACUAGAGGCGACAAUGGAAGGACAGGGCAUCCCAGAGUGGACCUCAUUUUAUUCAGAGCCAUUGGAGAUAUAUCCAACAGCAACCACUACAGUGCCAUUGGCUCCCCUAAACUCCUACAUGCCCCUCAGCCCUGUGGGGCUUCCCUCAACACUUUCUUAUCCUGGAUCUUCCACUACCAAUUUUGUACCUACCUACGAGGCUUUAGUGGGAACUAACAGGCAGAGGGACCCACCGGCCCUUUCUAAGCCUCCCUAUUCAUAUAUUUCCCUCAUUACCAUGGCUAUUCAACAAUCCCCUAGUAAGAUGUUAACACUCAAUGAAAUCUACCAAUGGAUUAUGGAUCUUUUUCCUUAUUACCGUCAUAACCAGCAAAGAUGGCAAAAUUCCAUCCGACAUUCACUCUCCUUUAAUGACUGUUUUGUGAGGGUCUCCCGAGCUCCCGACCAACCAGGAAAAGGCUCUUACUGGGCCAUGCACCCAAAUUCUGGUGAUAUGUUUGAGAAUGGAUGCUACCUUAGACGACAAAAGAGAUUUAAAUUGGCAGGGAAAGACAAAACCGUAUCCAGGGCACCAAGAGAGUUGGAUGGAGAUGGUAAUAAAGAAAAAGGUGAGAGGACAAAGGGGAGGAUAGAGGACUCUGUGGGAGAAGAGGUAGGGUGUCUGGUGUCCUUGCUGGAGGACAGAGAGAGUGGGAGGACGGCCGUUAGACAUUUAACAGAGGCAGAUGUUGACAACCUAGUGAAAGACACUCACUACGAAUUCAACCAUCCUUUCUCCAUCACCAGUCUCAUGGGAACGACGGAACCAGAAUGUUUAGAAUAUGGAUUCCCAGAUAUUCCUGGGGACACAUCAGCCUACUACCAAGGAUUGUACUCCAAAUCUCUCUUGAACACUUUAUAGUUUGGUUUGAAGACUUUCUUAACUUUGUUUUGACUAGGAUGUCACUCACUGAACUUGCGAGUCCUUUUAUUUUCCACACAAAAUUAUUUUAAUUCUUUCACUCUACAAAUCACAUUUUUUAUUUCCACAGUUUAAAUGUAUUUUGUUUAUAUUAUCUUAAAAAAUGAAUUCAUUUUUUACUGACCAUCCAUCAAACUCUAUAAAUCAUGGUUUUCCCGCA